CUUUUAGCUGAACUGGAGUUUGUUCAAAUCAUCAUUAUAAUUGUGGUUAUAACUGUUAUGGUGGUAGUGAUCAUCUGCUUGUUGAACCAUUACAAACUCUCGACACGCUCCUUUAUCAACCGACAGAGCCAAAGCAGAAGACAGGAGGAAACUUUGCAGACGGAAGGGUGCUUGUGGCCUUCAGAAAGCUCAGUAUCGCGCCAGGGUGCUUCAGAGAUCAUGUAUGCUCCAAGGUCAAGGGACAGGUUUACUGCCCCAUCUUUUAUGCAGCGGGACCGUUUCAGUCGCUUCCAGCCUACUUACCCUUACAUGCAGCAUGAGAUUGACCUUCCUCCGACCAUCUCCCUCUCUGACGGGGAAGAGCCACCACCGUACCAAGGCCCGUGCACCCUGCAGCUCCGGGACCCAGAACAGCAGAUGGAGCUCAACCGGGAAUCUGUCAGGGCACCACCCAACCGAACCAUUUUUGAUAGCGACUUGAUAGACAUCUCAAUGUACAAUGGGGGCCCCUGCCCACCAAGCAGCAAUUCGGGCAUAAGUGCAACCAACUAUAGCAGUAAUGGAAGGAUGGAAGGACCACCCCCGACGUACAGCGAGGUCAUGGGGCAUUACCCAGGCUCCUCUUUUUUCCAUCACCAGCACAGCAACGCGCCUCCUUCUUCGCAGAGGGGGAGCAGACUUCAGUUUCAGCAGAACAAUUCAGAGAGCACAAUAGUCCCCAGCAAAGGCCAAGACCGAAAACCGGGAAACCUGGUCUAAGUUACUCGCCCAGGUGCAUUUGAACUGAAGACAAAAGAGAUUCAAGCAGAGCAGUGGAGGAAGACCCCCAUGCUCCGGUGCACAAUGUUGUUACGUUUCACGUGGUACAACUUAGUAAAACCAAACGUGCAAACCA